GCCAAACGACAGCGCAGACGCAGCAGUUUAAGAGAUAAUAUUAGCUGCUAUAUAUUAGAAGAUAAACAGACUAGCUGGAAAGUUAAUAGCUAACAGCUUAUCAAAAGAGAGGACUGUAAGUUAGUUAUGUUUAGGAAUAAGUCAGCCUGGUUUUCAAGUAGUGUGCCACAGGCAUGUCACAACCUUUGGAUUUUGGAAGGUGGGACCAUUGCUGGUUGGAGAACAGCAGAUUUCCUUUUCAGUGAGGAUGCUACUUGCCCUGAUACUCUGAGGAUAUUUGAGAGCAAAGAUUAUCUUUGGAACAAGGUGGUGGUUUUUCACAGCUUGUUUCUGUCCGCGUGUGAGAAGCGCCAGAGUGUAAAGUCUGUGUGCAUUGGUCAUUACGUGCUGCCUCCAGCCUCAGUACAGGACGAGGUGAGACAAGUGGUUGGGAGGUUGAUUUGGGAGUGUGAAGAUGAGCUGUCAGUGACUCAGGGUUUCCAUAAGAGCUUUAGUUGCCAGACAGAAGAUGAGUGUAGUGAAGUCAGCAAACGCAACUCUGAACCAUCUGACACAGACUCAUCAGGAAGUGAAGCCCGUUUGUGUGCUCACUAUCCAGUUAGUAACAUGCUCACAGGGUACGUCAGCAUGAAGAACCUUCAGAAAUAUUCAGAUGAUCUGUGUGAUUUCCGUCCCGGAUGUUUUCAAUGCUCCAACUGUAAAGCCCACUGCUGCCUGCCGCACACAUAAGCAAACAUGCACUAAGAGAAAGGCAUGUCAAAGAAGAACAUGUAGCAGUUGUGUCACAGUUGCAAGCUGUAGAUAAUCUACUUUCAAAAGUUAUGUUUCAUAUUACUGUAGGUUUGCAUUGCCUAGCUGCACUUGUGUGUGCAGUGUAGACGUAAACGCUGUCAUAGAAUAAAUCAGUGUAACAUGGCUAA